AUGAGUCUUCGCCCGGGGAGUAAGGCGAGCGAACGCAAAAAGGGGUUCAAAAAGGCGAUCGACGCCGAUGAGGCGCGACGAAAGCGUGAGGAUAACAUGAUUCAGAUCCGGAAGGAUAAGCGGGAGGAGGCUAUGUUGAAGAAGCGAAGAGACGGGGCGGGAUUAUCGAGCGCGGCUUCGGAUUCGUCCGCGAUGACGAGCUCGUCGCCGGGUCCGGGUUCGACCACAGCGAAGCUGCAGCAGUUACCGAAUCUGUUUGAGAUGCUUAAACAACCAGAUCCUAACGUCCAGCUCGAGGCUACGAUUUCGUUUCGUAAACUUCUCUCUAUCGAGCGCUCGCCACCGAUCGAUCAGGUGAUCGAGACCGGUGCGACGCCGUACUUUGUUGAGUUUUUGAAGCGUCAAGAGUUCCCAAAGUUGCAGUUCGAAGCCGCGUGGGCGCUCACGAACAUCGCGUCCGGAACGAGCGAGCACACCGCCAUCGUCAUCGAUCACGGUGCGGUACCCAUUUUCGUCGCUCUCCUGGGUUCCGAGAGCCCGGACGUGCGCGAGCAAGCGGUGUGGGCGCUGGGUAACAUUGCCGGCGACAGCCCGCGAUGCCGCGACAUGGUCUUGCACGCUCAAGCGCUCCAUCCGCUCCUCGGUCAGCUCAACGCGGAGGCCAAAAUUCAGAUGCUUCGCAACGCGACGUGGACCCUGUCGAACUUUUGCCGCGGCAAGCCGCAGCCGGACUUUAGCUUGUUGCGUGCCGCGCUUCCCGCGUUGGCCCGACUCGUGCACUCGAACGAUGAAGAGGUGCUCACUGACGCGUGCUGGGCGCUGUCGUACCUUAGCGACGGUACGAACGAUAAAAUCCAAGCCGUGAUCGAGGCCGGCGUGUGUCGACGCUUGGUGGAGCUCUUGGCGAGCAACCAUCCGAGCGUGUUGAUUCCAGCGCUCCGCACUGUGGGUAACAUCGUCACUGGAGACGAUUAUCAAACGCAAAUAAUCAUCAACUGCCACGCCCUCAAGGCGUUGCUCGGUUUGCUCGUGGGUGAAUAUAAGAAGAGCAUCAAGAAGGAGGCAUGCUGGACCAUCUCAAACAUCACCGCCGGCAACAAGGAUCAGAUUCAGAGCAUUAUUGAUGAGCAAAUCGUUCCUCCGCUCAUUGAACUGCUCGCCAACGCGGAAUUUGACAUUAAGAAGGAGGCGGCUUGGGCGAUUUCGAACGCCACGAGUGGUGGAACGCACCAGCAGAUCAAAUAUCUCGUCAGUUGCGGAUGUAUCAAGCCCCUGUGCGAUCUCAUCAACUGCAGCGACGCGCGCAUCGUCACCGUCGCGCUCGAAGGUUUGGAAAACAUCCUCAAGGUUGGCGAGGCGGAUCGCACGGAUGAAGCCCCGAAUCUCUUCGCGCAGUACGUCGACGAGGCCGAUGGUUUGGAGAAGAUCGAAUCGCUCCAAAACCACACGAACAACGACAUCUACGAAAAGGCGAUGCGCCUGUUGGAGACAUAUUUUGGCUUGGAGGACGACGACGCUCAAAACCUCCUCCCGGAGGUCCAAGGCGACCAGUUCGCCUUCGGUGCCGCCGCCCCGACCGGUGGAUUCCAAUUCUAA